UACCGGCUGCCUGGUCCACGCCGUGGAGAUGGCCGCCCAGCGCCAGGCCGACAUCAUCGGGAAGCCCAGCCGCUUCAUCUUCGACUGCGUGUCCCAGGAGUACGGCAUCAACCCCGAGCGCACCGUCAUGGUGGGGGACCGCCUGGACACCGACAUCCUGCUGGGUGUCACCUGCGGCCUGAAGACCAUCCUCACCCUCACCGGAGUCACCACGCUGGGGGACGUGAAGAGCAACCAGGAAAGUGACUCGGUGGCCCGCAAGAAAAUGGUCCCCGACUUCUAUGUCGACAGCAUAGCCGAUCUUCUGCCCGCCCUCCAGGAUUAAAGAUUUAGUGUCUUUAAUCUCCAGAAUAAAGAGCAUUGAAAAUCGGUUGCCCAGGUGGCUAGUGGGCCUAGGCUGGCCCGCCCCGCUUCUCGCCGGUGCUGGCCCUCGCAGAGGCCCCACUGGUAGCCUUGGCCAAGGGGAGCAGCGGCUGGUCACUCGGACUGUUGAAGAACCGUGUCCAGACGCGCUCCUGGCCCAGGAGCCGGCCGAGCUUCCUCCAGAGCCACUCUGUGCCGCUGUCAGUCACGGUCCAGGUGCCCGGCGGGGCCGCGCCCGAGGUCUGCCAGCCGCGCGCGGCGCUGGCACCGGGACAUUUCACUAGACUUUGAACGGGCGUCAAGUGGCGGAGCCGAGUGCCACGUGUGGACUGGCCGCUGUGCAGCCCCUGCCCCAGCCCCGGCGCUGCCUGUCCCGCCCAGGGUGCCUUCUGGGGUGCGGGAGGGGCCCCAGAGGACAGGGAGCUCACACAAAGCCUGCGGCCUCUGUCCUCCCGACCCUGGCCCGCGAUCUUGGCCUGGUGGCCCUUCUCACUGUUGGCCAGGACUGGCAGGCUGCACCGCGUGCCCAGGGGCCCGGCCUUGCCAGCAGCCCGGUGCCAACAGGCCCCUGCCCUUGCGGGCGAGCCACCCAGCACCCCUCCCUGCAGCCUGGCCGCAGGGAGCCAGAGUUGGUGGCUCUGAGAGGUCAGCCCAAGGAGGGUCUGGGCACGGAGCAGGCGUCCCCCACUUAGGAGCUCGUGGUGGGUGCGGCCUGGGGUGGGCAGUGGCCUGGGAACCGGUGUCCCCCCCCCUUGCACUUUGUGAACCCGAACACCCAUUAAACUGUUUGAACCCACA